CAAUCCUUGACCCUCUCAUUUCGAUCGCUUGGAAAGCAUGUCUCGAGCAAUCUCGACUACCUGCGUGCUCCGUAGGACAUCAACGCUCUCUCAUAGGAUCAUCAGGCCAGUCGCAGUCCCAGAUCGGGAUUCAACUUCAUUUCAAACGACCUCUCGGCCCAGACUCCUUUCUAUAUCGGCUAGACCAUCGUCGUCCCGGUCGAAUCGUCCAUCGUGCAUACCUCUCAGAGCUCUACAUGUCUCAUCCUCUUCAAGGUCAUCGUCAGGAGGCGAAGCUUCUUCAAAAUCCUUGACGGCAUCAGAAUACGAGCGUAUCUCCGAGCAAGAUAUGGACACGCUACACGAUGAAUUGGAAGAACUUUGUGAAGUCUACGCGCCGGAAGACUGGGAGGUAGAGUAUAGCUCUGGCGUAAUGAACCUCUCUGUCCCAUCUACCGGAACCUACGUGAUCAAUAAACAACCUCCUAAUCAACAGAUCUGGCUCUCCUCCCCACUCUCCGGGCCCAUGCGAUUCGACUAUGGUCCCGAUGGGGUAUGGGUACAUCAUCGGAAAUCAGACGUAACGCUAGGUAGAAUUUUGGACAAGGAGCUCAGAGAUUUGUUAAGUGAGACGGGGGUGGAGGAGUCGGAUUGGAAGGGCGUGAGCCUGAAAUGAAUCAUGUCGUGCUAUGGCAAUUCUACACCGCGUCUCUGGGCACGACGCCGCCUGAUGCUUGUCUCAAUCGAUCAGCUGUUGAUGGUCUACCGGAGGCCAGACUUCAGUGUUGUGCAUGACGGACCAUGCCAUACAUCGUCCGAGCCCUUUCUUCCAUACCCUCGCCAGCUCACGCUUACACCGUGUAAUCAAAAAUGCGCGGUCUGCUGGCCUUACCAGUCUUAGAGGAGCUUCGAGGGAGCACAGAUCCAGUUUGAUUCUGUCGACCCUUUUGCACGUCUCGUGAGAACUAUGAUGAAACCUUUUCCCGAUCUCUCAAGA